AUGGGCAGUAUUGCGAAUAACAACCAAAAGAUCUGUUCUCACUUCGCGAAGCGUGGUUUUUGUCGCUACAACCCCUGCCGAUUUGCUCAUGUCCGCCAGAACAAGAACGACGCCCGUGGCCUGGCCGACAGGCACGAGAAUUUCGGCAGGUUCGGCGAGCUAGCUCUCUGGAAGAAACAAGUCAACACUCAGAGAGGGGACCUAGGACCACUCUUCGCAAAGGCUAGAGCGCUCAUCGAGACGGACGAAGGCACACUCCAGGACGUGAUCCAGUGUCUCUCCACAGAGCACGGGCUGAAACGGAUCCAGCAGCUGGUUCAGCGUGACUUCGAUUCUCUCUCGACAUCUGCGAAACGCAAGCUGUUUGUCCAUCAGAUGCUCCCCUUCAUGGAGGCCAUCACAUACCCCGACGUCCUUGCCUCGCUGGUGAUGGAACAAGCCGUGGCCACUAUAUACAACUGCCUGUAUGGCGUGGGUGGUCGUCGGGCUGAGCCCUUUCUGAGGUUUUUGGCAAGUGCUGUGCGGCUGGAAAUCGAUAGUGAGGGUAACGCAGCAUCCGCAUACCUUGAGCAGAGUCUCCUCGUCUUCUGGAAGAUAGUCGAGUUGAACUCUACCGCCUUCAUCCAAGAACAGCUACAGCCAGUCGCCCAGCUUUUCGCAGAUCUGUUCCUCACCCUCCAUGCCCUGGGAAGCUCUGACUCUCUUCAUCAGUCCCACGAUUACCUAAACAAGCUGCAGCACCGACUUGACAUCGGUCUUUCUUUGCCAAACGCAACGAAGACGCCAAAGCAGCCAUCUACCCAAACACCCGUUGCAUUUGUGACACAACAAGCGUCUCCUGGCGGGCGUCAUGAUAAUGACCACGCGGAUAUUUGCCGGAUCCAAAUCAUGCCGACAUUUCAGGAGAUCUUGUCGCCGCGUUCAGAGUAUCUCCCCGUGAAAGACCCGCGCCAGUGGCAUGUCAAUGGACUUGCUGGGCUCUUGGACAGGAACUUUCGACUCCUACGAGAAGACACCAUUGGUCAACUCAGAGAUGCCAUCCAUGCCGAGCUCCGGCCGGUUGAGGACAAGGGGAACCGGUCUGCAAAAGGCCAAACAAGGACUUACGUGUACCGGGGGGUAGUCGUGCAGAGCCUGGACUUCCAUCGUUUUGAAGGGCUGCAGUUUCUCGUCCGCUUUGCUCAGCCAAAGAGUAUCCGCAAUAUGACGAGCAAAAAACGACAAGAAUGGUGGCAACUGUCGAAACGUUUACAGUCAGACGCCUUCGGGAUGAAGAGAGCUGCAGAUGUUCCCAUGUCGGAAUUCCUUGUUCCCAGGGAUGAGGAGACGACUUCUAUGUUGGCCGACGUGCCGCCCCCUAUCUACGCGACCGCCCAAGGAUUUAGCUUCGACUUAAAAUGCCUUAUGGAGGAUGGGUCCAGCCUAAAACUCCUGGAGGACCUGCUGGAUCAUAAGAUCACAUCGCAAAUCAUUCGUAUCGGGUCGCAAUCUAAGUCGGAGCGCUUGCAACCGUUGAAUCUCCGCACUGUCGCUCGAGGAGUUGAGAAGACGCGUCCGGAGAAGCAAUCACAAUGUCGACUGCACGAAACGCUGGACGAGCAUGAGCGUCAAUUCCACAAGCUCAGGUUGAACUCAACCGGCUCACCCCACAGUGUGAAGUACUACAUCGAACGACACCAACGGGUGCACUAUAGUCAGCUCUUUGGAAAAAAUAAAGAAGGGUUCCAGAGGAAAACACAUGGAGGUCCCGUCAACACGAUACAGUCGUGGCUAAGGGGCGGCGAGCAGAGUAGAGCCCCGUCCCGUUCUGUGGAAGAGCUUGCAAGCGUCCAUGUCGAUAUGAUGACAGCCCCUGAACGCAAAGCACUCUAUAAUUACUGGGUGGAGCAACACAGAACGGACACCCAUCUCCGGGCGCAGGCGGUUCUCUCUGACCACAUGGAUACCAAGGCUUCCUGGGACAGAAUCAGGGAUCAAACGGAUUUGCGGUGUCUUAGGGCGGCGGACGUUAUCGGAGUGACUACAAUAGGCCUCGCCCGCAAUCUCAAGAUGCUCCGCAGACUGCCGUCCAAGGUCCUUGUAUGCGAGGAAGCCGGGGAGGUGUUGGAGGCGCAUAUGCUCACUUCGCUGUUGCCAUCUCUGGAGCAGCUCAUCCGUGAUACAUUGUACCCGCGCCUACAAGAUGCACCAUCCGUGCUCGGAUAUCCCGAGGUAACAGGAAUGCGAAAGAGGCUUUUCUGGCUUGACCACCGUGCACCAGAGGGCAAUGCUUCGGAUGAGGAAGCUAUGGCAGCGUCCCACUGGAAUGAUUACGAGAUACAACUGACAGUUGCUCUGGUUAAUUAUCUUCUUCGCCAGGGAACUUACCAAAGCGGCGAUAUUGCUGUUCUGACGCCUUAUCUGGGCUAA